GUCGUCGAAUCAGUCACCACACCAUAAGCCGUCGAGAUGGUUCGAUACGCCGCGACCGAGAUCCAGCCCGCGAAGUCGGCCCGCGCCCGCGGUGCCUACCUCCGAGUUUCCUUCAAGAACACCCGAGAGACCGCUCAGGCCAUCAACGGCUGGAAGCUGCAGCGAGCUGUCCAGUUCCUCGAGAACGUCAAGGAGCACAAGGAGGCCGUCCCCAUGCGACGAUAUGCCGGCAGCACUGGCCGCACCGCCCAAGGCAAGCAGUUCGGUGUUUCCAAGGCUCGAUGGCCCGUCAAGUCCGCCGAGUUCCUGCUCGGUCUCCUGAAGAACGCUGAGGCCAACGCCGACGCUAAGGGCCUCGACACUGGUGCUCUCGUCGUCAAGCACAUCCAGGUCAACCAGGCUCCCAAGCAGCGAAGACGGACAUACCGUGCCCACGGUCGUAUCAACCCCUACAUGUCCAACCCCUGCCACAUCGAGCUCAUCCUGACCGAGGGUGAGGAGGUCGUCCAGAAGUCCGACGAGGUUGUUGGCCGUGAGCGCCUCACCGCCCGCCAGCGCGCCGUCCGUGCCCGCAAGGCCAUCACUGCCGCAUAAAUCGGCAAAACGAUGUGCAAAUAAAUGGCUUUGUUUUUAUUAAAGAUGGAGCGACGGGGAAAAAGCGGACAGUUCGCCUUCUGGUAUUUUUUUGCGAAAGCACUCGGG